AUGAAUUCUUUAGCAUUGUGUUCCCUUUGCCUGUUUCUCAUUGCUCAGUCUCCUUGGUUAACAAAUGCUACAGUGUUUGGUGAUGGUUCCGACCUAAUUGGCCAGAUUUGCAAUGAAAACCCAGAGAAGAAGAUUGAAUGCACGAAUAUUCUAAGAGCAGAUCCUACAGUCCUGGGUGCAAAAAAUCUUCUUCAACUUUCGGAGGCAAUCUUGAACUUGGCCGUGAAUAAGACAGAAAAAGCUGAAGAUUUUCUAAAGGGAUUGGCGAACACAACAGAUGUUCCGGCCAUUGCAAAUUGUGCACUUUAUUAUGAAAAUGCGGUUGAACGCUUUAUGAGUUCUUUGCAAGUGUUGAAACACCAAGAUCUUGAAGUGGCUAACUAUUUGGCCGCCAUUGCUGGUGAUGAACCAUCGUCAUGUGAGACAGAAUUGAGUGCUGCACAUAUUGUUAACCAUGCAAUUUCUGCUGUUAACCACCAAACAAAUGUUCCGGCCAUUGCAAAUUGUGCACUUUAUUAUGAAAAUGCGGUUGAACGCUUUAUGAAUUCUUUGCAAAAGUUGAAAUGCCAAGAUCUUAAAGUGGCUAACUAUUUGGCCGCCAUUGCUGGUGAUGAACCAUCGUCAUGUGAGACAGAAUUGAGUGCUGCACAUAUUGUUAACCAUGCAAUUUCUGCUGUUAACCACCAAACAAGUUUGCUUAGCUAUAUUGCAUUCGUAGCCACAGGGAAACUUUCCACACUUCCACACGAACAAGAAGCUUCAGGAGGAAGUGGCGAUAAUCCCGUCGAAGAGGCUAAGGAACAAGAUCGCGGGGUUCUCGACGGCAUCUCCCUCAAGCUCCAGGAGGAGGAGCGCAAGCGCCGCAUGGACUUCGUCCCCGGCCGAUUGACGUCUCCGCCAUCAACACCAACCACAUCGAGGUCGACAAGGAAACCCACGACAUGCUCCACUCCCUCGAUGAUAAAUAACACAAUGGGUGAAGGUAAUACUAGUACUAGAGAUAUGAGCACCAUAAAUAACACAAUGGGGGAAGGUAGUACUAGUACUAGAGAUAUGAGCACCGAUAAAAUAAAUGUUGAUUUAAAUGAAUAUCCAAUUGAAGAUAUUUCUUUAGAGAAUGGUUAUUCAGGAACAGUUAGUGAACAUUUUGAUCAUGAUAUUGUGGCAAAUGAUGUAUUAGAAGUUGAGGAAAUUGAAACUUAUGAGAAAGAAAAUAUUGUGUCUUCUAGUCAGAAUAUUGAGAUAAAUGAAUUUGCAGAAGAAGUUGAUAGAGAUGAAACUUAUAAUGAGACAAAUAUUGUUCCUUUUGUUGGUCAAAUUUUUCUUAGCGAGGAAGAAGCAUUUGCAUUUUAUAAGAGGUAUGCAUAUCAGCAUGGGUUCUCUGUUCGAAAAGGUAGAUUCAUCAAACGAAAUGGAAUUAUGAGGAGGCGUGAUUUUUUUUGCCAUCGUGAGGGUAGAAGCUCGUUGAAAAUCAUAGAACCAUUAAAAGAACAGAGAAACAGAGAAUCAACAAGGUGUGAAUGUAAAGCUUAUUUAAGAAUUUCAUUGCAGAAGUCUCAUGAUAUAUUUCCAAGUGAGUGGCGAGUUACAAAGUUUGUUGUUGAACAUAACCAUGUUUUGCUAACCCAAUCAGAAGUGCGUUUUUUACCGGCUAACCGAACUAUCUCUGAAGAUGAUAUUGAACGCAUUUUCUUGUUAAAAGAAGGGGGGCUUUUAGUUAGACAAUUGAUGCGUGUCAUAGAAUUAGAGAAAAAUGUGAAGCAUGGUUAUCUUCCAUUUAUUGAAAGGGACAUUCGUAAUCUUUUUGUGAAAACCAAGAAAAAAGUUGAAAGAAAUGAUGCCAAAGAUCUUCUCAAGUACUGUGAGGAUGCAAAAAAGAGUUGCUCUAAAUUUCAGUAUGCAUAUACACUUGAUGAAGAGAGAAGGUUAGAGCAUAUUUUUUGGUCUCCUGCUUCUUGCUCUGAUUGGUACCAAAAAUAUGGUGAUGUUGUUGUGUUUGAUACUACAUACAAGGUCAAUUCUUAUGAAAUGCCAUUUGGGAUUUUUGUGGGUAUGAAUAGUCAUGGGAAGACUGUACUUUUUGGUUGUGCACUCUUACGAAAUGAAACAAUAUCUGCAUUUCGUUGGUUAAUGAAGACUUUUAUAUCUUUGAUGAAGAAGCCACCAAAGACUAUACUAACGGAUCAAGAUCCAUGGAUGAAAGAAGCAAUUUCAAAAGACUUGCCAUCAACAAAACAUAGUUUUUGCAUAUGGCACAUCACUUUUAAGUUUAGUAGUUGGUUUAAUGCUAUACUUCGGGACAAAUAUUCAAAAUGGUGUUCUGAUUUUUACGAGUUGUAUAAAUUGGAGACAUGUGAAGAAUUUGAGCAUCAAUGGCCAAAAGUUGUUGCUAAGUAUAACUUGCAGUCAAAUAAACAUGUGAAAGGAUUGUAUGAAAUCAGGAAUUACUGGGCACUCGCUUAUCUUCGUGACCAUUUCUUUGGUGGGAUGACAACUACCGGAAGAUCAGAGAGUAUUAAUGCAUUUAUUAAAAGAUUUAUAAAUUCUCACACAAGUUUAAGUGACUUUACAAAGCAGGUUGAUGUAGCGAUUGAUGAUAUUAAGCAAAAAGAAGACCAUGACAUAAUGUUAGAAAAGUGCAAAAGAAUUAACUUGAAGCUUAUGUCACCCUUGCAAGAGCAAGCUCAUGGUGUUCUUACAAGAUUUGCUUUUCAGAAGUUUCAAGAGGAGUUUGAAAGGUCCACCCAAUAUUCAAUUCAUCAUGAAAAUGGUAAUGAAUUUGUGUUGCGGUAUUAUAAAGAUGCUAAUAGUAGAAAACACAUGGUCUUUUGGGAUGGUAAAAUAGCUACAUGUAGUUGCAAGUAUUUUGAGUUUUGGGGUAUAUUAUGUCGUCACAUUCUCAGUAUUUUUCUUCAUAAAGAUUGUCAUGAAAUCCCUUCUAACUACUUGCCGUCACGAUGGCGGCUUCAAACAUCACAUGACGAUGAUGAAGUAGAUCCCCAACAAGUCAAUGUUGUCUUUGAGGAACAAGUCGAUGUUGUUCACUGUCCUCCACCUUCCAAAACAAAAGGUCGUCCCAAACGAAGACGUCUUAAAGGUGGAAAAGAGCUAUCACAUAACAUGAAUACUUGUGGAUUGUGCAAAGAUGUAGGACAUAAUAUUGUUACAUGUCCUCUAAAAGAAAAUACUCAAUUUUCUGGUCACACAAACAAGAAGAAAAAAAUUUGUAAAGAUGCAAAUUUAAAUCCAAUUCUUCUUCCAAAAGUUUAGGUACAUAUUUUUUCAUUUCAUUUAUUAAAUUCUUUAGAUUUCUAGUUUAAUA